GGGCCGCAGCGGGGCCGGGGGGCCCGGGAGCGCCGGAUCCUUCAGUUAAAUCCCCAGAGGGACCUCAGACAGCAGCUCGUGCAUCUCGCAGUGUCUUUUUGGAAGGUUUGAUCUCGGCUGCUUCCAGCUGUGUAAUAUUCAGGAGAGGAGCCAUGGCCAUCCUGUUCGCUCUCGUGGCCAGGGGCACCACCAUCCUGGCCAAGCACGCCUGGUGUGGAGGGAACUUCCUGGAGGUGACGGAGCAGAUCCUGGCCAAAAUCCCGUCCGAGAACAACAAACUGACCUAUUCCCAUGGCAAUUACCUGUUCCACUACAUCUGCCAGGACAGGAUCAUUUACCUGUGCAUCACAGAUGAUGACUUUGAGCGCUCCAGAGCCUUCACGUUCCUGAACGAGAUCAAGAAGCGCUUCCAGACCACGUACGGCUCCCGCGCGCAGACCGCCCUGCCCUACGCCAUGAACAGCGAGUUCUCCUCCGUGCUGGCUGCACAGCUGAAAUACCACUCGGAGAGCAGAGGCCCAGACCAGGUGGCAGAGACACAAGCCCAGAUUGACGAACUCAAAGGGAUCAUGGUCCGGAACAUCGACCUCGUGGCACAAAGAGGAGAGAAGCUGGAGCUGCUGAUUGAUAAAACAGAGAAUCUCGUGGAUUCGUCAGUCACUUUCAAAACCACCAGCAGGAACCUUGCCCGAGCCAUGUGUAUGAAGAACCUCAAGCUCACCAUCGUCAUCAUCAUCGUGUCCAUUGUGAUCCUGUACAUCAUCCUGUCGGCCGUGUGCGGUGGGCUGGCCUGGCCCAGCUGUGUGCAGAAGUAACUGGAGCUGGUGCUGGGCACUCGGAGAUGAGGCAGAGUGAGAAGAAGGAACCUCCAGAGAAACUCCCACCUGUCACCACCUCCCACCUCCCACCCCUCCAGGACUUCAGACUUUUUGCCUUAUCACCCAGACAGCCCCAGCUGGUCGCUGCUCCUGCAGCUGUGACCUCAAGAGUGGGCUGGGUUAAUUACUUGAAAGGAUUUUUGCGUUCCUUUUGCUGUCCCAAUGCCACCCUUCCGGAGGGUUCCGUGCAUGCCGGCCCCGUGUCCGUGUGGCUUCGCACCUGGAUGGGGACAGGAGUGGCUGCAGCCGUCCCACCUGGGAUGGAGCUGUCCCACAGAGGUGGUUCGGGGUGGGCUGAGCCAAACUAACGGGGACAGGCGGGUCUGGGGUGCCACAUCUGGCCACUUGUGGCUCUCGGUGCUGCUCCACGGGGCGGUCACGGUGUCACCCUGGUACAACAAAUGGGGUCUGGGCUUUGUGCACUCACAGGUGGAGGUGCUGCUGCUGGGGACGUCUCCCUGUUCCUGGAGGUGAUCCUGCAGGCAGGAGGAGGCUGUGGGGUCACCUCAGUGUGUGCAAUGGCUGCCUCUUCAUCCUCACUUCUUCCUCAUCUCCCCCCUGAUGGCUGAACGGACACAGGAAAGGAGACGGUUGCACAGUUCAGGAUCUGCUUUCUCACAGAUGAUUUCUCCUGCUCCUCUUCGGAGGGUGGACUGCAAUGAAUAGAAUUCUGUCACUGGCUAUGGUGAAUUUGGGGCCAGUCUGGCUUGCUGAGGUGUCAGAGAGCUGCUGCUUGUGCUUCUCCUGGAAGGUGUGCACUGGAACUGGAGGGCAUUGGUGGCUGGUGACUUUCUCCAGGGUCUGAGGGAAAAGGGCUCUGCCAGAGGAUGUGGUAACGUUCUCCUCUGGAAGGAUUUCAAACCAAACCCAAGGCUGGUAACCAAAUGCAGGCUCAGGGGCUCUGUUUCUGUCCCAGCUGCACAUCUCCAUCCCCAGCCAGGCCUGGCUGAGGGAGCCGGAGCUGCUGGGGCCUGGGCAAGGGCUGGUGGCACUUCUGUGCUGGAGCUGAGGGGCUCCUUUCCCAGGGAAGAAACGGAAACACCCUUCAGGUGGGAAGGAAUCUGCUUUUGGCCCAGGGAGGUCGAGGGAUGGAAGGAGAGGCUUCUGGUGCCUGAGCUGGAGCACGAGGUCAGUGCUGCAGGGUCCUGGUGACACUGGCAGGGUGGGGAUGUGGCUCUGCUGCUCCUCCACGUGUGACACUGACCAUGGAGCUUCCCAGCAGGGCCCAGGGGAAGAGUUCUCCUGUGAACAGUGGCUCCUUUGGGUUGGGCUCCUGCUGGGCUGAAGUCUCACCAAGGGUGAUGGGACCUUGAUACCCACAAAGUGCCAGUGGCCACUGACACCUGCUUCUCUUUCUGUUCUGAAUGUAAAGCUUGGAGAGCCCUCCCUGCAGCCCCUGCUCCUGCAGCCCCAGGUCCAGCUGUGCAUGUUUUAGGGAUCGUGCUGUUACCACGUUCAUUUGGAUGAUUUCUUGUCUUACGUACCAAUAAUUUUUAAAGAAAAUCCUUCCUUUCCUUCUCGAGGAUGCACUGAGGCAUUAGUGUAAAAACAUGACCUUGAUUUCAAUAAAAUUCCUGUACAGAGA